AUGCCAAAAGUUUCUAAAAAAUGUCUCCAAAUGAUUCAAUUAACGGCUAAUCGUGUAAGGGCCAAAAAAAUUAGAAAAGCCACGGAUGCUCUUCAGUGUCUUGAUGAAGAUUUUGAUAGCGUUCUAGA